AUGGAGGAAUUUGUCUCAGUUGUGAAAUGUCUCACAGAGAACUUGAUGCAGAAACAUCUGACAGAUUAUGAUGAAGUCAUAGAGAAACUUUUUUCUCAAGUCUCCAGUUUAGAGUUCACCAAAAUACCAGAUUUGCAGCUUGAGGAAUGUGCCAUCCAGCUGUGGAACUGGGCAGUCACUAAAAACAUGGGUGCUGCUUUAAGUAAAAUCCAAAAUGCCAAAGUCCGUCAUGUUGCUUGCAGCCUGCUGUACUGCUGUGAGCCAGAGAAUCCAACAGAAGGCGCCAUUCGCAAGCAGAUUCUGAUGGCCAGCAAAACAGGGAGAACCUGGCUGGACUGCAAAAAUCCCCAGAUGGCAGAUAAUUUCUUGAGUCUUGCUGUCAAGAGCCUGGAAACCCUCUACAGCCUACUAACGUCCAGAGGCGAUGCAACAGCUGACAGCUCUUCAUCCAAAGUGGAUGUGGAGAAGGACCUACUUCGAAUUCUGUCUUGCCAGGCAGAGUCGGCCUUGACUCAGGGUAAAAAUCAAGAAGCUGUGGUCCUCAUGCAGCGUUGUAAAGAUUUGUUGCAGCGGCGACCAGAAGAGACAGCAUACCUCUCCCUCAUGUGCUACAACUUUGGAUUAGAAUUUUACAAUCUGAGGAAUUUUGAGGACAGUGCUAUGUGGUUGAGGCAAAGCCAUGAUAUUGGAAAAACAAAUGUGAAAUACGGCCCUAGAAAAUAUGUUCUGGCCAAGGUUCUGCGGCUCCUUGCCACUGUUUACCUGGAGUGGGACUGCCACAAUUUUCAGGAGACGAUGCUGAAUGCUGUCAACUUAGCCAACAAGGAGUGUGCCAGCACAUCUGGACUGUAUUUAAAGAUAAGAAUCCUCCUGAGAUGUAGAGCGUCAGAUAAUCAUAUCAAAGCAGGACUUAACGAGAUGCUGGAAUCCCAAGUUUCUCUUGAAGUCUUUCUGAGUGUUGUGAAGCUACUCAUGGCUGAAGACAGAGAACUGCUGGCAUUUGAGUAUUUGAAACUCACGUGUCAGCACUUUGAGUCGUCCCCUGACCUGGGAAAUGCUCUUGUCAUGCACAUUGAGCUACUGCUGCAGAAAGGCAAAGAGCUGCUGGCCAAACAGAAGAUACAAGACAUCAUCAGUGGCCACUAUACUGGCAAACAGCUGACGCCACUGGCACUCACAAGUUUGCAUGUCAUGCUGUGGGAUCAAGCAUCCAAACAUUUUGAGGCUGGUAGCUAUUCUGAUGCUCUUCAGUGGUACAACUACUCUUUGAAUUUCUUCAAGUUGGGUCAAAUGGAGCCUAACUUGGCCAAACUGCAGAGAAACAGAGCAUCUUGCUUUCUGCAACUUCAGCAGCUGGAAAAGGCCAAAGAAGCCAUUAAAGAAGCAGAGAGAUGUGAUCCUGACAGCAUUUUUACUCAGUUCAGCAUUUUCAAGAUUGCUGUUCUAGAGAGCAAUUUAGCGGAAGCUGCAGAGGCAGUGAAUGCAAUGGGACUUCUGUCUAAGAGUCCGGUACCCAGCGAGGACAGACUCUUGGUUUCUGAGACUUCAGCCUCCUCUCUCCUCAGUCUGGCUGCUCAGAUUGCUUUGCAGAACAGACAGCAGGACAUUGCCAUGAAAGCUCUGGAGGUUUUGUGUGAAAACUCCAACGAUCCAGCUGAGGUUCUGAUCGCUCUGAGGUGUUUGGUUCGUCUCACGCUCUCCACUUUAGACAAACCUGAAGAGAUGAGGGAUGUGAAUCUGGAUGUCUUGCUGCCACAUCUAAAAACAGCUCUGCAGACAGUUUCAUACCCGUCUAAAAUGACUGCUGAGCAGCGCACAGAGGGGGCUAACUGGUUCAGAAAAAUUGCUUGGAACUCAGCUCUACAGUGUGAGAGCAGCCCUGAGAGAAUGAGGGAUUUCUUUGUGCUGUCCUACCAAUUUUCCCUGCUGUGCCCUCCUGACCGCACACAGCUGCUGUGGCAGAAGACCUGCCUGGUGAUGUCGGCUGCUGCCUCUUUGGAGCUCUACAGGAAGUCUCCUCACUCUGCACAGGCCGAGCUGCUCACUCAGGCUUUGGAGCACAUUACCACCUGUUGGGAGGUCUGGAAAACCCUGAAAGCAUCAGGAAACUUUCCAAUGGACCCAACAGACUCACUGCUGCUGCUUUAUGAAUUUGAAGUUCGUGCUAAGCUAAAUGAUCCAAAGGUUGAGACGAUGCUUGAGUCCAUUCUGGAGGAUGAACAUGUUGAAACCAAAGUUUUGGAGUCCAUGGCAGCCUUAGCCAUGGACCCUCCUGCCCACUACCCUCUGCUGUGUAAGAAGGCUCUGAGAGCUGCGCUCUGUCUGAACAAAAAACAACCACAGACUGAUGUGACCCACUGCAGCAAGUAUGUUCACAGUCUGAUACAGCUGUCCCUUCCAAGUGGCGUGUCAGAAGUGGAGGCCCAUGUGCUGGAAGAGAUGUGGGAUUACUUUGAGGAGGCCCUGUCCGUCAUAUCAGCUGCACCAGAUGACUUCCCAGAGAUGGAGACUCUGUGGCUGCUGACUCAGGCCUGGAACAUAGGGAUACUGUUGUACAGCUUGGCCCGGUACCAAGACGCUGAGAAGUGGUGUGGUCUUGCCAUGAGUUUCAUCCGUCACUCAGGAACGCUGAAGGAGAGCUACGAGACGAAGAUGUCUGGUCUCUACAGUGAAAUCCUGGACAGACUGGACAAAGCAAAACGUAACAAUGUGGAAGACUGA